CUUUUUAAGGUUUAAUGAGCUUCUAACAUGAGUAAAAGGAAGAAGACACAAAUGUCAGAAAACCAGGAGCUCAGCAUUUCCAAAGCAAAGAAAACCCACAAGAGGAAGAGCCAUAAAGCAAGAGACUCUGAUUUAGAAAAGCCAGCAGACGCUUCUGACUCUAAUGACAUCCUUUCAAAAGCUACUGUGGCUGAAGCAGUUCAAGAAUGUCGAGAACACAGCCUGGACAAUACAGAGAUGGAAAUUUUGCCUACACAUCUGGAUUCAAGUUUAGCGGAAGAGAGCAAAGAGGCUUCCUCUGAAAGAAAAGGAUGUGUUAAGAGCUUUGUGCCUCCCUCUCAAGGUGGGAAGUUGGUACCCAUGUUUGCAAAGACAAAAAAUAAAGUUCCUGAAAGAUGUGAAGGAAAUGAUGGUAGUUCUUCAGCAAUUCAGAUGAAACAGAUUGUGCUAGAGUCCUCUGAAGCAGAAUGUAUGGUUAGAAACGCACCGCGGGACACAGCAGGGAAAGCUUUCCAAAGCACUGCGGCUCUUUCAGAAUCUCUAGAGUUGAUAGAUUUACCAGCGACAAACAAGGAAGAUACUGGAGAUCAAGGGAUUCUUCAUUGUGAGGAAACACUAGAUACAAAAAUUCAAAACCAGGACAGGAUCAUAAGCAUAAAUAAUGGUGAUGCCAUACCAAGAUUCAUGGAUUCCCAGCUAGAAGUAGCACAGAAACCAACAAAUAUUUCAGCACCAUGUGCUACAGCAGGGAAAGCUUUCCAAAGCACUGUGGCUCCUUCAGAAUCUGUAGAGUUGAUGGAUUUACCAGUGACAAAAAAGGAAGAUCUUAGAGAUCAAGGGAUUCUUCAUUGUGAGGAAACACCAGACGUAAAAAUUCAAAACCAGGACAGGAUCAUAAACAUAAAUAGUGGUGAUGCCGUACCAGGAUUCAUGGAUUCCCAGCUAGAAGAAGCACAGAAACCAACCAAUAUACUAGCCAACAUCUCUGAAAAGCAGAUGAUGAAAAGCAAGAAACGGGUUUCCUUUUUUCUGUGCACAUCAGAUAACAAAGAUAUCGAAAGUCUCGAAGAGAGGGCACUCUCAGGGUCUUCUGGCCAUGUUAAAAAUAGUCAAAAUGAAGAUGCUCUAGAAGGUCCAACUCUGCAAUCUGCCAAUGGGACAAAAAAUAAAUGUGAGAAAUUAGUACCUAUAAUAAAAAAAUCAAAAUUUGAUACUUGUGACCCGAGACCCAAUGAGAUAAGCGAAACAUUGUCCGAGAGAGAUGCAGACCAACAGACGGAUGAAAAAGAAAAACCUGUAAUGUGUGAGGAAAACAAACUUGCUUGUGUAGAGGGCUGUUUCUCUUCUACAGAAAUUUCACAGCUGGACAGAGCGGUACUAAGGAGUGAAUCUAGCAGAGAAAAUUCUGGAUCAGAAGCCCAGGGGUCUCUCCUUUCAGGAGACAAAGGAUCCAGUACAAGUGCACCAAACAGCCCUGAUACUGUGGCCCAAAGGUGUUCAGUGCUCCAAGAUCCCAAUUCUGUGGGUCUAGAUUUUCUGCUUGACAGUCAGCUACAAGACGUCUUUGAAAGUGACAGCCUUGAUCAUCUAUCACACAAGGUAAUUCAAUAG